UCAGCCUCCCAGAGUGCUGGGAAGACAGGCGUGCGCCACCGCGUCCGGCCAGUUGCAGUGGUUUCACGUUGUUGUUUUUGGUGUUUUCAAGAUCUCCCUGCAGCCAUGAGCAGCAACGAGUGCUUCAAGUGUGGACGAUCCGGCCACUGGGCCCGGGAGUGUCCCACCGGCGGGGGCCGAGGUCGCGGGAUGAGAAGCCGAGGCAGAGGUGGUUUUACCUCGGAUAGAGGUUUCCAGUUUGUUUCCUCGUCUCUUCCAGACAUCUGUUACCGCUGCGGUGAGUCUGGUCACCUUGCCAAGGAUUGUGAUCUUCAGGAGGAUGGUAAGUAUUUGAUGCUUCCUUUCCAUGCUCCUGUGCAACUUGGAGAAAGGGACCAGAGCAUGCACUAUUGCACACAGCCUUGCAAAAGACCUCUCCCACCUUUGAGGUUUCGUAUUUAUUGUAUGGUUGAAAACAGCACCCUGCAAAGGUUUUAUAGACUUUUUUUUUUGGAGACAGGGUCUAGAGUGCCCUGGAGGUGUGGCGAGACCGGUCACGUAGCCAUCAACUGUAGCAAGACGAGCGAAGUCAACUGUUACCGCUGCGGGGAGUCGGGCCACCUGGCGCGGGAAUGCACGAUCGAGGCCACCGCCUAAUUAAUUGUCCUUUGUCGCCCCUCCUUUUUCUGAUUUGAUGGUUGUAUUCUUUUCUCUGAAUCCUCUUCACUGGCCAAAGGUUGGCAGAUAGAGGCAACUCCCAGGCCGGUGAGCUUUCCUUGCCGUGUAAAAGGACGAAAGGGGUGGAAAAAAACAAACCGACUUUCUGCAUUUAACUACAAAAAAAAAAAAAAAAGUUUCUGUUUAGUUUGG